CCGUAGUCAGCUGGGAUAGGCUCCAGCUUGCCUGCGACCCUGUAGGACAGGAUAAAGCGGCUAGAGAUAAUGGAUGGAUGGAAUUCGUGUGUGCCACUGUGGAGUAAAAGUAAUGUGCCAUGUAAGGUACAUAAAAGGAGGUGUUUAUGACGAGUAGUGUACGUCAUAAGGCACAGCGGUAAAAGAUUUCAUGACAUACGCGACUCAUCCAAGGGCAUUGAAGGCGUUAAUGUAGGAAAUGCGCUCAGUAUAAUAUGUAUUUAUUAUUUUGAAAACCCACCAGCCGACUGAUCUGGCACGUUUUAAUUGCGUGACAGUAAUGACAUAAAUAACGGCGUGGCGGAGUAGUGUCCGAAAGCGUUUUUUUUUUUUUUUUUUCAUUUUACUAAUGUGCUCACUAUACAGUCCUCUGUAUAGUAAUUCCCUCGGUAGGGAGUAGUGAACGAGUGAGUGAUUUCAGACACAGGGUUUAUCUCAUUUGUGCUGAUUGACAAAUGGAUGAUAUAAAUAAAUUGUAAGAGCAAUCUCUUUCCCCCCAAGCACUCUUAACCCAAGUGAAAGUGUACACCCAGCGCAGUUUUCUUUUUCUUUCUUUUUUUUUUAAUUCUGUGGGGUGUCGGGUCUCAAAUCAUGUUCUGUAGUGCAAUACAUCCUUUAUUGCAUCUCACAAGGUCGUUGUAACAUGCAGUGAUGACAGACAGGAAGUAAGUGCAUAAACUCAGUAUUCAUUUUACUGAGAGUAAUCUAAUGACUAUCAUUACAGUCCUAAGCAGGGGCCGGAGAACAGGCCGGCAUCAGCCGAGGAUAAUCCAGACCAAAAAAGGGAAACGCAAACAUGGGUCCAUACCAGGAAUCAUGGAAAACGGAAACUAGAAAACAAAGGCUUGGAUUUGAGUCAAAAUGCGUGAUAAGCCUUAGUGAAACAAUGAAACAUCAGGGCUUAAAUAGGAAAACUAAUCUGGAACUGAGAACAGGUGAGAACAUUCAUGAGAAAAUAGGAAGAUAAAAUAAUGCCAAGACGUGAAGUAAAACACACAUGGCUUUAUAAACAGCAUAAAGUACAGAAGCAGCAGUGUUUGUUUGUGCCGAAAGGCGUGAUGCGUGCCGAGAAGGGGAAUUCAUGACCGUCAUUGUAAUAUCCAGCUUUAUCUAAUUGUGCGUUUUACUUCACACUAUGCCACCUCAGUUCGUAUAUAAGCAUUUGUAAUUAUUAUGCCCCCGCCCCGGGUGUGUGUGUGCGUGUUAAUAUUGGUUUACCUCUGUCCGUAUCUCCGUCCAUCCGAAACGCCCUUUUUGUCAGUAACCACAAAUCAUAGCCACUUGGUACCAAACUUCAGCUUGGGGUUCUGUACCGCGUAUACCGUUUUCAGGUCUGUCGCACAUCAACUUCCUGUUUACCGACUGAAUGUAUUUAUGAAACAUAUAGCAUGGAUUUACAAAAUUUUUGUAACACUUUUCUCAGCAACUACAAAUCACAACUGCUUGAUAUUUGGUGCCGAGCUUCAGCUUGGGGUUCUGUACCAUGGAUACCGUUUACAGGUAUGAGCUGCGGAUACGUUACCUGCCAAAAUCAUUCCUAAACCAGUUUACUGAAGACCAGCCAGCACUGAACUACUUUUACCACCAGGUGAGAAGCGAUUAUAUGAUGGAAAUAGCUGAUCAAGUCGAUCAGGAUAUUGCACUUAAACUGGGCUGCCUUGAAAUCAGGAGGUUUUUCAGAGAGAUGCCAGGAAACGCCCUUGAUAAAAAAUCCAACUAUGAAUUACUAGAAAAAGAUGUCGGUCUGAGGAGAUUCUUUCCCAAAAGCCUGUUGGACUCCGUCAAGCCGAAAUCAUUACGGAAGUCGAUCCAGCAGACCUUCAAGUUGUUUGCCAACCAUAAUGAUGAGCAGAGCAUUGCCAAGUUCUUUGAAAUCCUGUCACCAAUUUACAGAUUUGACAAAGAAUGCUUUAAAUGUGCUCUUGGGUCCAGCUGGGUGAUAGCAGUAGAGCUAGCUAUUGGCCCUGAGGAAGGAAUCAGCUACCUCACUGAUAAAGGCUCAGCCCCGACACACCUGGCCAACUUCACACAGGUGAAGAGUAUUCAGUUUGAGGAACAAGAGAAGAAGGGCAUUCUGCAGUUGGAUGUAGCUGGUGCAGCAGAGCCUCUAAAGGUGACGACACCAUGUGUGAACACCGCAGAGAAUAUGGCCGACCUUAUCGAUGGUUAUUGUCGUCUCGUCAACAAAACUUCAUUAUCCUUCAUCGUCCGUGUGCAAAAAGAGGGAGAAAGAGCAUUGCCUUCAAUUCCGAAGGCUCCAAAAGCCUCGAACCAUGACAAACGACUAGCGAGCGUCAGGGCCAAAGCCGUCUCUGUCUCAGAGACCGACGACUACGCGGAGAUCAUAGAUGAAGACGACACGUACACCAUGCCCUCCACCAGGGAUUAUGAGAUCCAGAGAGAGAGAAUUGAGCUGGGCCGCUGUAUAGGAGAAGGCCAGUUUGGCGAUGUCCACCAGGGAGUCUACGUUUCUCCGGACAGUCCUGCCCUCUCAGUGGCCAUAAAGACUUGCAAAAACAGCUCGUCAGACAGCGUUCGAGAAAAAUUUCUCCAGGAGGCCUUAACCAUGCGCCAGUUUGACCAUCCGCACAUUGUGAAAUUGAUCGGUGUCAUCACAGAAAAUCCAGUGUGGAUCAUUAUGGAGCUGUGCACACUGGGAGAGUUGCGCUCGUUCCUGCAAGUGCGGAAGUACAGCUUGGACUUGGCAUCACUCAUCCUGUAUUCCUACCAGCUCAGCACAGCUCUCGCCUACUUGGAGAGCAAACGCUUCGUGCACAGGGACAUAGCUGCUAGGAACGUGCUGGUGUCAUCUGUAGACUGCGUGAAACUGGGCGACUUUGGCUUGUCCAGAUAUAUGGAGGACAGCUCCUAUUAUAAAGCCUCUAAAGGGAAACUGCCUAUUAAAUGGAUGGCACCAGAAUCUAUUAACUUCAGACGCUUUACAUCAUCCAGUGAUGUGUGGAUGUUUGGUGUGUGUAUGUGGGAGGUAUUGAUGUAUGGAGUGAAACCUUUCCAAGGUGUGAAAAACAAUGAUGUGAUUGGCCGUAUCGAGAACGGCGAGCGACUGGCCAUGCCGCACAACUGCCCCCCCACCCUGUACAGUCUGAUGACCAAGUGCUGGGCUUACGACCCGAGCAAACGGCCUCGCUUCAACGAGCUCAAAACACAGCUGAGCACCAUCCUCGCAGAGGAGAAGGCUCAGCAGGAGGAGCGCAGUCGGAUGGAGAUGAGGAGGCAGGUGAACGUGUCUUGGGAUUCUGGGGGAUCAGACGAGGCACCCCCUAAACCCAGCAGACCUGGUUAUCCAAGUCCACGCUCAAGUGAAGGUUUCUACCCCAGUCCUCAACAUAUGGGCCAGCACAAUCACUUUCAGCUGGGAGGCUACCCAGGCCCUCACGCUAUGCCCUCCAUGCCCAGUGGAUUGUAUCCUCCACAGGCCUCAGGCAUGGGGCUCGACGUCCACGACGGCUGGAAUCAUCACAGAGCUGCGCAGGACCAUGCCAUGUGGAACCCCAACGCAGAAGACGGUGGUGUGCUGAGGGCCGGUAUGGGUCAGUCUCUCCCUCCUCACCUGAUGGAGGAGCAGCUGAUGUUGCAGCAGCAGCAGAUGGAAGAGGACCAGCGUUGGCUCGAGCAAGAGGAGCGUUUAAUGAAACCAGACUCGAGGAAUUCCAGAGGCAGUAUAGACCGAGAGGACUGCAGUCUCCAGGGACCAACAGGAAACCAGCACAUCUACCAGCCAGUGGGGAAAGCAGAUCAUGCUGUUCCUCCUAAGAAGCCUCCUCGGCCUGGAGCCCCGGGUCAUACAGGCAGCGCAGCCUGCCUCAACACUGCAGACAGCUACAACGACGGAGUCAAGAUCCAGCCUCAAGAGAUUAGCUCUCCUCCUACAGCUAAUCUGGACCGUUCAAAUGAUAAAGUCUAUGAGAAUGUGACGGCGCUGGUGAAGGCCGUGAUCGAGAUGUCAAGUAAAAUUCAGCCUGCUCCUCCAGAGGAAUAUGUGCCAAUGGUGAAGGAUGUAGGUUUAGCACUAAGGAAUUUACUGGCCACAGUGGAUGAGACGAUUCCCUUACUGCCGGCUCACACACACCGAGAGGUCGAGAUGGCUCAGAAGCUGCUGAACUCUGACCUGGCUGAGCUGAUCAAUAAGAUGAAGCUUGCGCAGCAGUAUGUGAUGACAAGCCUGCAGCAAGACUACAAGAAGCAGAUGCUGACAGCUGCCCACGCGCUCGCUGUCGAUGCCAAGAACCUGCUCGAUGUGAUCGACCAGGCCAGGCUGAAGAUGUUGGGCCAGGCAAGGCCACACUAGAGACGUUUGAGCCUCACUACUCACCAGCACAGAACUACUAAACUAGCACACAGACUGGAUGCUCGUAACACUCCACGUUCUCACUCCGGCCUGCCUGCCGGGAGCACAGCAGGGGUUUUUUAAGGAGUGGCAGAAUCAGGAGCUUUCAUAGUGGAAUCUGUAUUGGGACUGCUGUAUUAUACUAACAUACUAGGAGAAGAUCUGGAUUAACGAUGAGCCACUGGAACGGAAACGACGUGUCAUUGUAUAGGUCUCUGGAGAACAGAAGACGUCCUCACACUGUAUUUACCAGUUCUGUAUCUCAUUGGUGAGCCUCUGCUCCACAACUACACGAAACAAAAUGGAGAACCAGCUCGACAGGGCCUCUGUGGACAUGCACCAGUGUUUGAUAAACUGGAAAGAUCUAAUCCAGGGUGUUUUGUCUGGAUGUAGAGCAAAGGCCUUAUGUGCCUCUCCACAACUCUGAAGGAGAGGGUUGUAUAUUUUGGCCAUGUGCCACCUAGGAUUAAAAUAAAGCUAUGUCUGAAACAAAA